GGACUAGAGAAGGGCAAGAGCAGGAGAACUGCAGGACAAGAGUAGACAAGAGGAGCACCGGCCAUAGAACCCGGCCACAGAGUUCAGGGACGCGGCCAGUCAAUGUGGUCAGGGCUGGUCAGCGCAGCCAGAGGACAACAGCAGGACAAGAAGGCCAGCUCUUUUUUUGUAAGAGGUCGUGUUGACACGCAGUUCUUUAGAGGCAACGUGUGCUCUCACCCACAUCACAAAAACCAGGUUGAAAGCUGCGUUCGCAAAGCUUCAAGCAGCAGGCCUUGUAAAGCUUGUGGAGGGUGCAGAGGAGGGGCCAGAUGCAGACGAUGAGGUCGUCACCCGCCAGAGUAAGAAAGCGAAGAAGGAUGGGUCGAAGUGGCUGUUGCUCCCAGGAGUUUUUCAGAAGACCUCGCUGACUGACCAGGAAGGAAAUAAUUCAGCCAUGAGUUGCAGGGCUGAGCUAGGAGUGGAGGCCACGUGCUUUCCUGCGUAGGCUUUAGGUGGCACUAGCUGUGAGUUGAGUGCGCAACUUACAGAGUGACUGAUGGGUUCAGUCCCAGACUGCAGUGGCUGACAAAGGGAAAGUUAGAGAGAACAUCUCUGCUGCGGGGUUGUUGUUUGCAGAAUCAUCAGCUCCAGCAUGGAAAGCUGUGCUGGACUUAAGUUGUUGUGGUGAUGCCCACCGCGUGCGCCGUCUCCAGGGGUCCAGCAGCGGAGCGUGGAAAAUGUCGACCAGGAUCAGAGUGCCUGACUAAAGCCAACACCUCAUGGUUGGCAUCGAAGCGCUUGUCAUCUUGAAAGUAGUUUAUCGUAUAUUUUCUUAAUACAGAAUACAAUGUCAUUGGAUGAUGUCAUUGGAGUGGAUUUUUUUGCGGCUCUUUCUCUCUCUCUCUCUCUCUCAUAUCUCUCUGUGUCCAGAAAGUUCGGGAUUUCAGCCCUUUCACAUAGAUCUCGUCCGGCUCGGUUUGUGUCCGUUUCUGCAAAUCUCAACUGGCGACAGGUCUCAAGCAGCGGGACGAUGCAGCCAACGAGCGCAGCUAGAUGCGACUGGAGCAGCAGGUGUGCUAUGGACGUCUCCUUUUCUACACCAGCCAAUGAGUCUACAUCGGGCAAAGCGUCGGGGUCGUGCCCAGCAGUAGUAUCUACCACCUGCUGCGUGCAAUGUGAGGCACGCCGCUCGCGGGAGCGCCUGCGGCAGUUGGCCACGCCUCAGGGUGCCCAGGUGCUGCAGCGGCUCAGCUUUCGUUACUUGGCCUCUGGUGACUCUGCCCGGGCUCUGGAAGAGUUGGACAGCUCGCUCUAUGAGUUGGUGAAGCAACGUCUGAGCCUUGCGCGCUGCGGCGUUGCCAAGCAACCUCCUCCGUGUUGGGAGCAGGACGACGUCCCUUUGCCAUUCACCGCCGCCUGCGUGAAGAAAUCACCAUCAGGAGCAUAUCAGCCCUCAAGAGGCUACCGAAGUGCCCCUUUGCUGUGGAGAACCCUCGAUCCACUGCCCAAGCGAAUCUUUGGUUGCCGCGCUGCCACAGUCAUCCAAAGCAUGCACCUGCCGCCCCUCGUGCCCCUGUCGGCACCUAAGCCGCCCGACAACCAGGCGGUAUCCCUUGGCCAAUAAAGCUGCCGGAUUCUUUGGCAUCCAGUCCUUGGUAUCAAUCCAUGCCAGGGCGUAUGCGGGAAGUGCUGUUCUUGGAUCAUGCUUCAUUGGAAGUAUAUGUGUUGCCUUACGUUAUGAGUCAUGAGUCAUUUGUUUGCGCAGUGUGCUUUAUCUUUUGUGGGAAGGUGCUAUCCCUUGCCGCUCUUGACAGUCAAAAGAAGGAUGCCGACGUUGCGUACGCAGACGUCUAUCACAGUGCGACACGUUUCAACACAGGCCCCAAGACUCACAUCCCGAUUGCUUUGCCUUAAUCAGUGCUGUACAGCUUUGCUCGGAAUCGCUUGGUUAUCGGUGCAUUGCUUAGCUCGAGUUCAGUGUGGGGCGACUGGGAACUGUGUGUGGCAGCAUAUUCAUAGAUUUCAUAUAUAUAUAUUGUAUAUCAUGUAUCCUAUCCUGUAUCCAUGCUGCAUGCAUGCGAGGAAGGGAGAUGUUGAAGUUCCAGGGGCUGGAGUAUGAAGAGGAUACUUUGGAAGGGUUUACCGAAACCCAGCUUUGCAAUUUGGCUGGAAACGCGUGUUCUGGAACUGUGAUGGGGGCAACUUUGCUGGCAAUGCUCGCUGCAUAUGAGAUGCAUACAGCAUCUGAUAACGAGGAAACAGGAUGCAUUGACCAGAUGCUGACCAGCAUGCAAGUGGUCGGCAAGACUUUAUACAGCCCAGAAAACUCUGGCAGCGAUUGAAAAACAAUCGCUCUGACUCUGACCGCAAACAGAACUUAAUCGACUGCUCCC